AUGUCCAAAGCAGCAGCAGCAGCAGCAGCAGCAUCAGCUUCCACAGCAUCUUCCUCAUCGCAUAUGCAGCAGCUGGAAAGGAGCCUGCAGAAAUCCAGCGUCGAGUUUCAAAAUCUGCAAGCAGAGCUUGAAAAGGCUGUAGAUACGAGACAGACGCUUGCCGGACAAUUGAACGAAAAUGAAAGCGUUUUAAAGGUGAGCAAGAGCGCUUUGUGCAGUCGAUUUGGUGUGAGAUGCAGAGUUGCUGUGUGCUUAGCGAGGUGCCUCGAAACUUAGUCGACCGCUAGCCAUGAUUCGAGGUCGAGUCGCUUGGUCGGUAGACUUCGCUUAUAAUGAGGCCCUGGAUGGGUCACUCUACACCUACGGCUCAGCUCGGCGGGGCGGGUGAGCGAGCGAGAGUACAAAGUGAUUGCGAUUGUGAAAGCCCACAUUCAGACAUUCAGGCGGAUCGACGACCAAGCUUUUGCAGCGCUUGAACGCACGCUCACACAUGACCCUCAUCCUCGAUAGGAAUUCGACGCCCUUCCAAACAAAGGUGCGGGUGCCAAAGUGUACAAGGCAAUGGGUCCCGUCUUGCUGCAGCAAGAUCCAGCAGAGGCGAAGAGCAAUGUGCAAAAGAGGAUAGACUUUAUUCAGGGCGACAUGUGGGUGGAGCGGAUUGCCUUCAUGGCGUCAUGGCGUCAUGACGCAUGUUCGCUCCUUUGUGCUAACCUCUCCACUCUUUUGGCAUCACGAGUCUUGCAGUAGGCGAGCAGAGAUGCUGCUCAAAGAGCUUUCAGAGAAGGGCGAAAAGAAGAAAGAAGAGGUGAGGACGUCGUGGCGGCGUCGAGCGAUUGGAUCUCUGGCUGAAGCUGUGCUACGGCCCGACCUGGCCAGCUCGUCAGACUACAAUCUCAAUUGCAAGCGGCGGCGACAGGCGGUCCAGGCGAAGGCGCGGAUGUAGAAGCAGAUGGCGCCGGUGGCAUCUGA